AGGUCUUGGGAGUGACAAUUUCAAAGGUCUUACAUCAGCCGAAGCAUAAAACCCCACUGGGACCCGAAUCAGCUAGUUGGCGCCGAAGGUCAUCUCAAGUUCCUCAGGUUGAAAAGACGAACAAGUAAAGAGCCAAAUAUUGGUUUUAAGGGUAAGAAGCUCAGAUCGGAUGUGAUGAUUCGAUGCAAGACUCUGGCUUCAGUGCUCAAAUUCUCUGUUGACCUCAGAACCUUGCUCGCAAACUCCGCUAAACUUGCUAGAUGGCAUUCAAGUAGUUUACUUCGGCCUGAAACUCCAGAAACUUGUAUAGAUUCAGAUGUUCUGCCGGACGGCAAGCGGGACAACUUAUAUAUUGUUGACGAUAAUAAUCUUCUUUGUCCCAGUUUGAAGUCCAAAACUGGUCUUUAUGUUCUGGAUCUGAUGGACAGUGGCUCCAUCGAAGUGGACCGGACGCUGUACAAUAAAUUGCUCAAGAGAUGUACACAACUGGGGAGGCUUGAACUGGGAAGACUAGUGCAUUCCCACAUUCUUGGUUCCAAGUUCAGGGAUGAUAUUGUUAUUCAAAAUUCUGUUAUUUACAUGUAUGCAAGGUGUAAGAAUUUGGAAGAUGCUCGCAAGGUGUUUGAUAAAAUGACUUCCAAAGAUAUGGUCACUUGGACUUCCUUGAUCACUGGGUAUGCCCAAAAUGAACGUGCUGAAGAUGCACUUGUGCUGUUCCCUCAGAUGCUCCGCGAUGGGUUGAAACCAAAUGAAUUUACAUUGUCAAGCGUCGUAAAGUCUGCUGCUCUUUUGCCUAGCUACAGGGACGGGAGGCAAAUUCAUGCAUGUUGUCUCAAGCACGGUUGUCACUUCAAUGUGUAUGUGGGGAGUUCACUUGUUGAUAUGUAUGCUAGAUGUGGCUACUUGUCUGAAGCACGGCAAAUUUUUGAUAAACUAGUGAACAAGAAUGAGGUUUCUUGGAAUGCUUUAAUAGCUGGUUAUGCAAGGAAAGAUGAAGGAGAGGAAGCUCUGUCGCUGUUUCUCAAGAUGCAAAGGGAAGGUUUUAAACCAACUGAAUUUACUUAUUCCUCUCUUUUUUGUUCCUGUUCUGCUUUGGGAUCUUUGGAGCAAGGUAAAUGGCUUCAUGCUCAUAUGAUGAAAUCGGGCAGAAAGCUUGUUGGCUUUGCAGGGAACACUCUUCUUCACAUGUAUGCAAAAGCAGGCAGCAUUGAGGAUGCCGAAAAAGUGUUUGCUCAAUUGGUAAAGGUUGAUUUGGUGUCUUGGAAUUCAAUGCUCUUCGGAUAUGCCCAGCAUGGGCUGGGAAAGGAAGCUGUGCAGGAGUUUGAAGAAAUGAUAAGGGUUGGGUUUGAACCCAAUGACAUAUCAUUCCUCUGCGUUCUUACUGCUUGUAGCCGAGCUGGACUUUUGAACGAUGGUAAAUAUUAUUUCAAAUUAAUGAACAAGUAUAAAGUGGAGCCAAAAGUCUCACAUUAUGUGACAAUGGUUGAUCUUCUUGGUCGAGCUGGUUUUCUUGAUGAAGCCAAGAGAUUCAUUGAAGAGGAAAUGCCAAUUGAACCCACUGCAGCCAUCUGGGGAGCUUUGCUUGGUGCUUCUAAAAUGCAUAAGAACUUGGGAAUGGGUGCUUAUGCUGCUGAACGCAUCUUUGAGCUUGAUCCUUCUGACUCAGGGCCUCACAUUUUGCUUGCUAAUAUGUAUGCCUCUGCUGGUAGGUGGAGUGAUGCAGCACGAAUCAGAAAGGUAAUGAGAGAGAGCGGGGUAAAGAAAGAACCAGCUUGUAGUUGGGUUGAGAUUGGGAAUUCUGUCCAUAUAUUUGUGGCUGAUGAUAAUGCCCAUCCCCAGAAAGAGAAGAUCCAUGAAAUGUGGGAGGAGUUGAGUCAGAAAAUUAAGGAGAUUGGCUAUGUUCCAGACACUAGUCAUGUGCUUCUGUUUGUUGACCAGCAGGAGAAGGAAGCGAAAUUACAGUACCAUAGUGAGAAGCUAGCUUUGGCAUUUGCCCUUCUGAAUACUUAUCCUGGAUCCACUAUACGUAUCAUGAAGAAUAUUAGGGUUUGUGGUGACUGCCAUUCAGCAAUCAAGUACGUGUCGCGGGUAGUGAAGAGAGAAAUCAUAUUGAGAGACAAAAAUCGAUUCCAUCACUUUCGUGAUGGCUCCUGCUCAUGCGGGGACUACUGGUAGCGCUAAUUAUGAUUUCAAUAUCCCAAAGGUGUUUGCAAAGAUUAAUCAUAAGAGAAA